AUGUUUCCUAACUGGGGUAAUGUCCAAGGAGGAUAUGGACUUUAUGGACAGAUGGAUCCAAACUACCAACAGCAGUUGUUACAAUGGCAGCAGAUGAAUCAAGUAGGAGGACAACAAUGGGGGAUGUAUGGUCAGUCCGCUCAGCCGCCACUGCCAGCCGGGGGUGAUACCAAGCCACCGCCACCCGAGCCCCCAGCCGACGAGAAACCACCACUCCCUCCCGACCCACCACCUGAUGGGGGAGAAACUAAGGAAAAAGAAAUGAAGCCCAUGUCUGAUGCAGAAAAGCAGAAACUGACUCAGCUGCAGCAACAAGCAGCACAAUGGCAACAGCAACAAACAUGGACACAGCAGCAACACAGAGCGGGACAGGGAUGGGGUCAACAACAGGGGGGUAUGCAGCAGCAUGGUGGCAUGCAACAACAUGGUGGCAUGUAUCAACAUGGUGGUAUGCAGCAACAUGGAGGUAUGCAACAUGGUGGCAUGCAGCAGCAGCAGGGAAACAUGCAACAGCAAGGUGGCAUGCAGCAGCAAGGAGGCAUGCAGCAGCAAGGAGGCAUGCAACAGCAAGGUGGAAUGCAGCAACAGGGAAACAUGCAACAACAAGGUGGCAUGCAGCAACAAGGAGGCAUGCAGCAACAAAUGUCCGGAGGUUCAGGAAAUCUCCAACAAAGAAUAGAAGCUGUUUCACAAGAGGAGAGAGAAUUUGAUGUGCAAUACCAGCAGUGGAAGAAACAGUAUGAUGACUGGCGGGAACAGAAUCAGAAUCACCCAAACAAAGAUCAAUUUCAUCAAUAUGAACAACAGUGGAUGUCGUACCAAAAACAAAUGGAUGAUAAAAGGGCAGACAUUCAGAGACGAAAGCAAAUGCUGUUUCAGGAACAGAGCCAGACAGGUGCUUCUCAGAAUCAAGCAGGUGCCCCUCAAAACCAGGCAGGUGCUCCUCAGGGUCAAUUUGGAGGCCCUAGAGGCCCCGGUCCUAGAGGAGGAAUGAACCAGAUGUCAGGACCUAGAGGUGCCCAGAUGAAUAGAGGAGGGCGACAAGACUUCCGCCCCAGGGGUCCUCAUAAUCAGAUGAACCAAUUCAGACCCAACAUGAAUCAAAAUCAAGGACCCAGAGGUAACUUCAGUAACAACUUUCAGGGGAUGAACCAGGAGGAGGAUUAUGAGGAGAAAGGAAUGGAUCUGGAUGAGGAGGAGGAUUAUGAAGAGGAGGGGAACCAGUUGAUGAACCAGAUGAGUCAAUUUGCUCCUCGAGGACCACAUGGUGCCGGGCCUCGUGGGCCUCGACCAAUGGGAGGAAAUGAUAGAUAUGGGGGUCAGGAACAACAGAACUUUGGUCGAGGGAUGGCAAGAGGUCAGAGACCUCAAAGAGGUCGAGGUGGGAGAGGGAACCAGCGAGGUGGAAGGGGAGGUGGUCCUGUCCCUCUGAUGAGUAUGGAUUUCACAAACAAUGAACAAGAGGAGGGAUUCGAUGGAGGGCAAGAAGAGACAGGGGAGGAACAGUAUGGCAAUUCGUUUGAGAGAAAUCCAAAUAAUGUUCCGAUUGGACAAGGAAGGGGUGGACCUAGGUUUGGCUUUAAUCGAGGACAAGGAGAUGCCAGGUUCCGAUUCCAGAGAAAUGAUCCAAAUCAACAGAACCUCCAGCAAGGCUUCAACAACCCGAACCAGAACCCGAAUCAGAGGUUUGGUGGGAGGAACAUGCAGAAUCAAGGACCUAGGUUUGGAUUCCCAGGAAAUCAACAGAACCAGCAAGGAUGGUCAACACAGCAGGAGGAGGUCAAAGGUCGCCAGCAGCCCUGGCUUCAGAAACAUCUACAGGGAAGGGGAGGCAACCAGUCCAUGACAGAUAUGUCACAAGAAGCAGAAGUACAGGAAGGAUCAAAUAGUCAGACAGAAAUCUCCAAGAGUGGAGCUACAAAUAUGUCAAGUGAAAUAGAAAAGCUGAGAAAACAGCAAGAAACUCUUAAUGAACUUAAAAAGUUAGAACAGAAAGCUGGUGAUUCUGCUGAAAAGAAAGAUAGUGAAAAAACUCCAGUCAAAACAGAACCAGACACUUCAAAGACAGAGUCAGGUUCACAACUGAAAAAGCCAGGUCAUACUAAUGACCCUAAAUUACAAGAUAAUAAAUCAGGUCAGCAGCAAAAAUCUGAGGAAAGUUUGAAAAAAGACCAGCCACGGGCUGAACAAGAACAGAAAGGGCCUGGACAACAAGCUCAAGCUCCUGGUUUAGGUCCAAGAAUACCAGGCCCAAAUCAACAAGGACCUAGAGGGCCAGGGCCGAAUCAAGGGCCAAGGGCACCUGGGCCAAAUCAAUUUGGACCCAGGGGACCAGGACCAAAUCAAAGACCUAGACCAUCUGGGCCAGGGUCCAACCAGGGACAAGGUCAAAGACCUCCAUUUUCAGCUCAGAAUGAACCUCAAGGUAAUGAAAAAGGUCCAAAUCAAAUUGGUCCAAGAGGGCCGGUGCCAAAUCAGCAAGGACCAAGAGCAUUUGGGCCAAAUCAGCAGAGCCCAAGAGGCCCUGGGCCAUACCAGCAGGGACCUAGAGCACCUGGGCCAAAUCAACAAGGGCCAAGAGGUCCUGGGCCUAAUCAACAAGGUCCAAGAGGUCCUGGGCCAAACCAGCAGGGACCUAGAGCACCUGAGCCAAAUCAACCAGGGCCAAGAGGUCCUGGGCCAAAUCAGCAAGGACCAGGAGCAUCUGGGCCAAAUCAGCAGGGGCCAAGAGGCCUUGGGCCGAAUCAGCAGGGGCCAAGAGGUCCUGGACCAAACCAACAGGGUCCAAGAGGCCCUGGGCCAAAUCAACAGGGUCCAAGAGGCCCUGGGCCUAAUCAGCAAGGUCCAAGGGGUCCAGGUCCAAAUCAACAAUCACAAAGUCUGCCUGGUCCAAAUCAACAGGGACCAAGAGCCCCAGGUCCUCCUAGAGGGCCAGGUCCAAACCAGUCAGAGCCAAAUGGUGCCAGUGAACCUCAAAAUUUGCCACAAGAGGAGGAACAUCCUCCAGUUGAAGGUUUUGAGGAUGGUGAGGACGUCUGGCAGGCUCCCUGGGGCCCUAACUGGAGGGGGCGGGGGCGAGGUGCCAGAAGGCCAUUCAGGGGGAGGGGAGGGAUGCAGAGAGAGCCAUACCCUCCCAAGCAGGAGGAAGCCCCACCUGAUUAUCCUGACCCCUAUGGACCUGACCAGAGACAGAGAGAGGGUUUCUAUGACAGAGAACGGGAGGCCUUCAGAGGGGAACCGCCAGAUGAGUAUGGUCGGUUUGACAGGAGAGACAGUUACGGAGGCCCACCUGACCCUUAUUAUGACAGAAGGGAUCCGUACUAUGACAGAUACGACCCAUACUACAGGAGAUAUGAUCCCUACGGAAGGCCUCCACCCCCACCUGAUCCUUAUGAAAGAAGUGAAAGAAGACCUUACUAUGAUCCAUACAGUCGACCAGAAUAUGGACGAGAUUACUAUGAUGCCUACAGACCCCCACCCCCAACAGAGGAGCGACCUUAUCAGAAACCAGAGGUCAUUGAUCAUGCUCACAAGUCGUCAGCGGACUUCCUGUCUAGGGAGCCAGAGACCCCUUAUGUGGCCCCACAAACUGUCAUAGAUUACGGUCAUGGUAGGACAGUAGAAGAAAAAGAAAGGCCAUCUGCAGUAGAUAGGGACAGAGACAGGUUCCGAGAUUAUGGCUCUUACGGAAGUCCGAGUCGAGAUAGAAGUGUACACGAGCCGAGGAUUGAGGUGGUCAAGGUAGAGGACCUGUUGGCCCUGCCUGGACGUAAGACACGCCCACCUCAGAUAGUGGUCAUCUUACGGGGUCUACCAGGCUCGGGAAAAACUUACGUGGGAAAACUCAUCAAGGAUAAAGAGGUGCAGCAUGGAGGCGGGGCACCUCGAAUGUUAUGUCUGGAUGAUUAUUUCAUGACUGAGGUGGAAAAAACAGAGAAAGACCCAGAGACUGGCAAAAAAGUCAAGAAAAAGGUGCUUGAGUACGAGUAUGAGCCAGAACUAGAGGACACGUACAGACAGAACAUGUUCAAAAGCUUCAAAAAGACCAUCGACGAUGGAUUCUUCCCAUUCAUUAUUGUGGACUCUGUCAACCAGAGAGUCAAACACUUUGAGGAGUUCUGGAGUUAUGCUAAAUCUAAGGGAUUUCAGGUGUAUAUUGCUGAAAUUGAGGCUGACCUGACAGCGUGUUCAAAGCGUAACACACAUAACAGAUCACUCAAAGAGAUUGAAAAGAUACAGAAACAGUGGGAAGAGACCCCUAGACAUUAUUUACGUUUAGACGUCAGGACAGUACUACAAGAGGACUCAAUAACAGAGGUCGAAAUGGAAGACGAGGAUGACAAUGCUAAACCGUCGGAGAAACGCCGUAAAACGGACAGCGACGACGAAGAAGAAAUCAAGAUAGGCGGGGUACAUGUACAUAUUAAGAAAAGUAAAUGGGAAGUUGGUACAGAGGAAGAACUAGACAAAUUGGAUGGUAUUGUACAAAAGAAGAAAAGAAGGCCACCAUCCCCUGUCUCUAUUGAUGAAUUCUUGGGAGAAUAUUAUUCUAAGCCUCUGGCCCCAGGACAAAAAAGGGUGCGCUGGGCUGACGUAGAAGAGAGGAAGGAACAGCUUCGUCGCCGUGAGAUCGGCUUCGUGGUCGGCCAGACUCAGAGGGAUUGGGAGAGAAUCACAGAUGAUACGUUUGCCGAUAGGCAACUCAAUAGAACCAAAUAUAUUUAGAUAAUAAAAUCUUUUGUACUUAAAAAGAAGGAUGUAGCACAUACACAGAUUUAUUUAAAACUGGCGGUUCUGGAGUUUUUUUGUAUAUUGCGAAUAUUAUUCUGUGUCGCCUGAAGAAUGCAGUAGACAGAGUGAAAAGAGCGUUAUCCUGUAAGGAGAAGUGUGAGGAGCUUUAUGACUGGGUUUUAUGAAAACGUGACAGGUUUUAAAAACUACAUGUAUUUGUUCAUCAUUAUAAUUGUGUUGUGUGAUUAUAUAUGUCAAACUCUAUUCAUUUUAUCUUAACAAUGUUGCAUUUUGUAGAUAUAGAAUCAUGUUAAUUUUAAAAUCUGUGUCAGUUGUUUCUAACAUCCUUGUGAGUUGUCAAUUUGCGAUACAUUUACGUCAAUAAAUAUUAACUUCUUUAUAA